AUGGCCCAGAGGAAUUACACGGCGGUGAGGGAGUUCUUCCUUUCUGUGUUUGCUGAACAUCCAGAGUGGGGGCUUCCGCUUUUCCUGGUCUUUUUGGGUUUCUAUCUACUCACUCUGUUGGGGAACGCGGGAAUGAUCUUCCUGACCCGCAAAGACCGCCGGCUCCACACCCCGAUGUACUUCUUCCUCAGCCACCUUUCCUUCGUGGACAUCUGCUACUCGUCCACCAUCGUCCCCCAGAUGUUGGCUGUGCUGCUGGAACACGGAGCUGUCAUCUCCAAAGCUCGCUGUGCUGCCCAGUUCUUCCUCUUCACCUUCUUCGCUUCCAUCGACUGCUACCUCUUGGCCAUCAUGGCCUAUGACCGCUAUGUGGCCGUGUGCCAACCCCUGCUUUAUGUCACCAUUGUGACCGAGAAGGCCCGCUUGGGUUUGGUAGCUGGGGCUUACGUGGCUGGUUUCUCCAGUGCCUUCGUUCGAACGGUCACCGCCUUCACUCUCUCCUUUUGUGGAGACAACGAGAUCGACUUUAUUUUCUGUGACCUGCCCCCUCUGUUAAAACUCACAUGUGGAGACAGCUACACCCAGGAGGUGGUGAUUAUCGUGUUUGCCCUUUUUGUCAUGCCUGCUUGUAUACUGGUCAUCUUGGUUUCCUAUCUGUUUAUCAUCAUGGCAGUCAUGCAGAUCCGCGCUGCUGGGGGCCGGGCCAAGACCUUCUCCACCUGUGCCUCCCACCUCACUGCUGUGGCCCUCUUCUUCGGGACCCUCAUCUUCAUGUACCUGCGAGAUAACUCGGGCCAGUCCUCAGAGGCAGACCACGUGGUGUCUGUGCUCUACACGGUGGUGACCCCGAUGCUGAACCCCCUCAUUUACAGCUUGAGGAAUAAGGAGGUCAAGGAUGCUGUUGUGAAAGUCCUGAGCCAAUCAAAGCCUUCUGGAAGGACCUAG